GAGGGGGACCCGAUAUAAAACCCGACAGGUGAGGGGCGGAGGCCAGUUAACUUGGAUCCAAUGUGUCGACUCCUUGUCCGCCGAACUUAAAUUUAAAAUUUAAAAUUUAAAAAAUAUUUUUUUUUAAUUUAACAAAAAAUUGUUUGUUUUUCACCUAAAAUCUAAACAAAAAUUUUAAAGUAAAAGUUCCUGGAUUCAAAAUUCAAAAAGUGAUCGAACAAUUACCGAUAAGUGGAGUGCGUUAAUUAAUUAAUUAAUUAACUAAUUAUCAGAUAUCAUAAUCACUAAGACUGUAAUGACUUUUUGAUUGUUGGUAAUUAAAAAAAACUUUACACAUAUAUAUGUAUAUGUAUGUAUAUAUAUUUAAAUAAAAGAUCAAUAUAACCGGCAGUGUACGUACGUGCGCCAUACGAACGUCAUUGUGACUGUGCGCGCAGUUAUCAGUUUUGCAUUAAAACAAUUGCGAUUACCGCUGGCGGAAGUGAAAAAAAUUUAAAAAAACAGUUAAAUAUUUUUUCCAACAUAAAAUAAAUUUCGCUGUGUAAAAAUAUUUGAAUUUAAUUACAAUGAAGGCAAUGGUCGUUAGCCCGAUUGGCGGACGCGUACCUCCGACACGUGGAAUAAUUAACAGUAAUUUGGGUAUUAAUGGAACAAGACGUGAUUUAGAAGCUGAAGAAGUUGCAGCCUAUCUCACUAAAUUGAGGUCUUUGGUUCCCGACAUGCCACGUAAGAGAAAACUUUCGAAACUUGAAGUUAUCCAGAGGGUCAUCGAGUAUAUCUGUGACUUACAGACAACACUUGAAGAAACAAAUAUUCAUAAUUCUGACAGUGGAAAUAAUAAUAUCAGAAUGUCAUCAACAACAACAUCAUCGUCAUCAGCAAAUAAUUCAAAUAAUAGUCAAAUUAAUAAAUCGACAAUCAGACAACCACUGCAGCCACUUUUGAAUUCUGCCACUUCAAGUGUUUCGGCAAUCGCUGCGAUUGAACGGUGACCAAUUUAAUUUAAAAUUUAUAUUUCAUCAUUUGAAAUUUAUAAACAAUAAUCAUUAAUAAAAACAAAAAAAACUACAUGUGUUUUAUCGAACAAGUCGAUUAUUUAAAUAUUCAAAUGGCGCAAAGUUUAAAUAUUCAAAUAUCCGCUGUCAGCAGGAUUUGAAUUUUUAAAUUUGAAAUUUGAAAUUUUAAUUGCGCGCCAUUUUUUUAAAUUAACUUUAUGUUGUUUUAAUACAUAAAUUUUAUAAUUUUUGUAUCGGCGUUUGGUUGGAUGUCUUCCUAUAUUAUUAUAUUAUAAUUUAUAUAUUAAUUUUAAAAUUUUAAAUAUAUGUAUCGAGCCACAGCCAAUUUAUAAUCAGGAUAAACUUAAAAAAAAAAAUUGUAAAUAAUGUAUAUAAAUUUAUUGCAUUCCUCAUACGACCUCGUCGCAAUUAAUUAAAGUAUUCCAGUACUAUAUAUAUAUAUAAAUAUAUAUGUUAAUGUAUGUAUUUUUCAGGCACAUCAAUUGUUUUUAUUCAAUUACUUUUUGUUACAAAUAAUUUAAAUAAAAAUAUUAAUCAUUUUUUUUUUAUAAAAUGAACUUUUUUUUAUUGGCUUGGUUUUAGAUUAUUAUUAUUAUUAUUAUUUUAUUAUUAAAUCGUAUUGUAGAUAUUAUUUUAAAUGGAGUAAUUAUAAUUGAUGUUAUUACAAUAUAUAUAUAUUAAUUAUUAUUGUUAUUGUUUUCGCAAUAUUAUUUUAUAAUUAAAAGCAGCGAUUAGUCGUAGAUAUUUUAUGUAUAUUUACAAAGACUGAAAAAAAAAAAGUAAAAAAAAAAAAAUAAGAAUGCUGUAAAUACACAACAGCGACGAGUGAGUAGGAAAGCUUAUAAAAAGUAUAAUAAAUAUGAAUCGCAUGGUGCGACAAUAAAAUAAAUAUUCGAAUAUAAAUAAAAAUAAA